GGAGCCGGGAGUUAAAGUCGGCGUUGUGGGAGAGAUUCAGCUGCUGCUCCGCAAUCAAACACUCUGAAACUAUUCAGCCAUUUUUUAACGCCAUUAUUGUAACCACUUAUUUCUCCAAACUGUUUGAGUACUAUUAAUCUGGUAACAAGCGUGUGUUCCGACGGCAGUUAAACCAGAGAGACGAGAGGAGGAGGGGCCAUGGCCUUCCUGGGGAGUGCAGUUCGGAGCAUUGUGUCAGCAUUGCGGCCUCCUCUGUGUCCCUUGUAUCGGGCAAGUGUUCGGUCCUACUGUAUUGAGCACACAAAGGAAAAAAGUGUUCCCUAUAAGAAGACACUCAAACAGGAGGGGACCUCAUCUGGGCCCACAGUACCUUUACCCAGGUCAGCGGAUAUGGUUGUAAUUGGAGGAGGCAGCCUUGGCUGUCAGACUACAUACCACCUCGCUAAAAUGGGUAUGACCAAUGUCGUUCUUCUAGAGAGGGAUCGGCUUACGGCUGGUACCACCUGGCAUACCGCAGGACUACUCUGGCAGCUUCGCCCCAGUGAUGUUGAGGUGGAGCUCUUGGCCCACACCAGGAAUGUCAUCAGCAAAGAUCUGGAAGAGGAGACAGGUCUUCACACUGGGUGGAUCCAAAAUGGAGGCCUCUUCAUUGCCUCCAACAAGCAGAGACUGGAUGAGUACAAGCGCCUUAUGUCGUUGGGGAAAGUUUAUGGUAUCGAGUCCCAUGUUCUGUCACCCGCGGAGACCAAGGACCUGUAUCCCCUAAUGAAUGUGAACGAUCUGUAUGGAACCCUCUAUGUACCAAAAGAUGGCACCAUGGACCCAGCAGGAACCUGUACCACACUGACCAGAGCUGCUGCUGCCAGGGGAGCCAAGGUCAUCGAGAACUGUCCCGUGACUGGUAUCCAAGUGCGAACAGAUGACUUCGGCGUGAAGAGGGUGAAGGCAGUAGAGACGCCCCAUGGGACCAUAGAGACACCUUGUGUGGUGAACUGUACGGGUGUGUGGGCCACAAAGCUGGGAGAAAUGGCAGGCGUCAAAGUGCCUCUCAUUGCGAUGCAUCAUGCCUACGUGGUUACAGAGAGAAUUGAAGGCAUACAGAACAUGCCAAAUGUCAGGGACCAUGAUGCAUCAGUGUAUCUGCGUCUGCAAGGUGACGCCUUGUCUAUUGGUGGUUAUGAGCCAAACCCCAUAUUCUGGAAAGAGGUGUCUGAUAAGUUUGCUUUCAGCCUAUUUGACCUGGACUGGGAUGUGUUCAUGCAACACAUCGAAGGAGCCAUCAACAGAGUUCCUGUUCUGGAGCAGACUGGUAUCAAGUCCACAGUCUGUGGACCAGAGUCGUUCACUGCAGAUCAUAAGCCGCUGAUGGGUGAAGCCCCCGAGGUCAGAGGUUUCUUCCUGGGCUGUGGUUUUAACAGUGCUGGCAUGAUGAUGGGAGGUGGAUGUGGUAGAGAGCUGGCUUACUGGAUCAUACAUGGACGACCUGAAAGGGACAUGUAUGGAUAUGACAUCAGGCGAUUUCAUAACUCACUGACAGACAACCAAAAGUGGAUCAGAGAGAGAAGCCAUGAGUCCUACGCCAAAAACUACUCUGUGGUCUUCCCCUUUGAUGAACCGCUGGCCAGCCGAAACAUGAGGAAGGACCCUUUUCAUCAGGUGCUCAUGGAGCAGGGCUGUGUUUUCCAGGAGAGACAUGGUUGGGAGAGACCCGGCUGGUUCUCCAAAGAUGGUCCCGCUCCUGUGAAAGACUACGAUUACUACGGGGCGUAUGACAUUAAGAAGAAUGUGAACUACAAAUACAGUGAUCUGUUAAACAAAGAGUACACCUUUGGCUUCCCUCCUCACCACGAUGUGAUCAAGAAUGAGUGUCUCUCUUGUAGACACGGUGUGGCCGUGUUUGACAUGUCUUAUUUUGGAAAAUUCUACCUCACUGGACCAGAUGCAAAGAAGGCGGCUGAUUGGCUCUUCACUGCUGAUGUUAACAAGAAGCCAGGUUCUACUGUGUAUACCUGCAUGCUCAAUAAGAAUGGAGGGGCAGAGGCUGACCUGACAGUGAGCAGACUGGAGUCUGGUCCUGCUAAUCUUCCCCUGGCACCAGAGUCCAACGGUGAUGCAUAUUACCUGGCUAUCGGAGGAGGCGUGGCUGAACACAACUGGAACCACAUUAAGGCCGUUCUUCAGGACCAAGGCUUCCACUGCCAGCUGUCAGACCACUCUGAGCAUAUGGGAAUGAUCAGCAUCCAGGGCCCCAAGAGUCGAGAGGUGCUUCAGGAGGUGUUGGACACAGAUCUGAGCAAUGAAGCUUUCCCCUUCUCUACUCACAAAAUAGUUAAUGCUGCAGGCCAUGAGGUGCGAGCAGUGCGUCUGUCAUUUGUCGGCGAGCUCGGUUGGGAGCUGCACAUUCCCAAAGACUCCUGCCUUCCGGUCUACCACGCGGUCAUGGCUGCUGGCGCCAAACACGGCAUCAUUAACUCAGGCUACAGAGCAAUUGACUCACUCAGCAUAGAGAAAGGGUAUAGGCACUGGCAUGCCGAUCUUCGUCCAGAUGAUACCCCUUUGGAGGCGGGCCUGGCCUUCACAUGCAAAAUGAAGAGUGCCAUCCCCUUCCAGGGCCGUGAUAGGCUGGAGAAACAGAAGGAGGAGGGGCUGAGGCGGCGCAUCAUCUGCUUCACCAUUGAUGAUAAAGUGCCGAUGUUUGGCCUGGAAGCCAUCUUCAGAAAUGGCGUUCCUGUUGGUCACCUGCGGCGCUCUGAUUACGGCUUCUAUAUCGACAAGACGAUUGGAUACGGAUAUAUUCGCAACCCUGAUGGAGUGGUGAGUGCUGAUUUUAUAAAACAUGGUGACUUUACCCUGGAGAGGAUGGGAGAGACGUACAAGGCCACGGCUCAUCUCAAGUCACCGUUUGACUCGGAAAAUAAACGCAUCAAAGGCAUCUACACUUGAGAAGGACUUGGCACGUAAAUCAAAAACCACACAACAUACUCAGGUCGAUGAACAAUAUGGAGGCACGUAAGUCUGUGCAGCUCUUCCGAGACUUUUCAAGGCAAACAAAAGAAAGCAUUCAGAAUUUAUGUGGAACUUAGUUUUGUUUUGUUUUUUUGUUUUUUUUUUACUUAAACCUGGAUGAAUUUCGGACAUAACGUCCACGUUUUGGGCUUCCUGUGUGAUUUCAAACCUCAUGAACCCAACUUCUUUAUCUGAGAAGAACGGGAGCACAUGUAGCAGUAAAGCAUACGUCAGUUCUUUUUUUAACUUGAUUAUACGUGAUACAGUUUGCGUAGCUGCUGUGAAGGACAAACGCUGCUGUCAUGAGAUGGGGUUGUUUUUACAAAUACGUACACUUGAUGUCACAAUUUAUUUUUUUAAUAAGAGCCGUCCCUAAGUGGCAGCUGUGCGUUUAAUUACAUCAAAUUAAAUGAGAACCCUCAAUUAUAACGUUGCACAUGAAAUCUAGAUCUGACUCAUUCAUAAAAGGCAACAAAGGCGCUUUUUUGUUUUUUUUAAUCCACAAAGUUAAUUGUAAAUAUUCGGUGGUGGUGCUUGUCAGUCUGUCGCGCAUUAUGCCGUUUGCUGUCUGUCGCGCAUUAUGUCCAGGUUGUUUUGAUGCUCCUUUGUGUCAGGAUGAGAGUCAAGAGAUGAAGCUGUCUUUACCUUCGUGCACUUUCUGCCACCUUAGUGUCUUAUCCAUGUUUACUGAAAGCAUAACAUGAUCAUUUCUGCACAUUCACUUUUAUGAUUAGAUGUGGUGCAUUCCUAGUUGGAUGGUGUGAUUAUCCAGUUAAAAAUUUUGAUUCAUGCGCUCCAGCUGUUACAGCCAUAGAGCCAGAUAAAACAACUAGAGUGCCUGUACAGCAGUUUUUUCACAAGUGUUCCACCAUGAGGAGCCAUCCUCCGUCAUCAAAUGAGCCAAGUGCUCGUGACCUGUGGAAACCAAUCACUCGACAGCAAAGCAGCACAUAAAUUUGUAUUAGCCAAAUCAUGAAUAGAAAUACCUUAGUACUUACUACACAUGCAUUUGGAAAAAAGUGUAUUUUCUUACCUUGAAUUAACAGUUUAUUAGCUUACAGCUUGGGACUUCGGCGAGGGCGGUCGCAUCUCCUACUCUCUCCUCUCCCUCUGUGCUUUUCUUUCUCUGCACCUACCUUCAAAAGUCCCAACUUCACCAGACUGAAUUCUUCAAACUAUAUUUGGGUUAACCAUGGAAUUGAUCAGCUGGUCUCUGAACGCUAUUGACACCAUUUUUUCAACAAAGAAAUCAGGGCCGGGGGACCCUGGGUGCCCAGAUGGAAUGUACUAUACGGGGUAUGUUCUCGACCCCUGGGAGAAGUGGUGUGCUGCAUGUAGGGCUGCCACAAAUGACUAUUUUGAUAGUCGACUAGUCAGCGAUUAUUUUUGCGAUUAGUCGACUAGUCGGAUCAUACAUAAUUUCCUAAAUUAAGGCCUGCAGCAAUAAAAGCAGUAACAACGAUCAACAAUGCUUCUGGUCAUGCUGUAAAAUGUUGCACUUGUGAAAGAUUUUUUUGUCACCAGCUUUUCUUUGGUUAAAACAACUGUAACACGACUUUGGAUUUAUUGACUUAAAAGAAUGAGGUUAGUUGAGCGUGUUUGUUUUUUUCUGUUAAAACCAGCUCAUCUAUGAAUAAACGUCUGAUUAACAGCCA